AUGCAUCUAUCCGCCCUUUUCCUCGCCGCCCUGCCGGCUCUCGCCCUCGGCCAGGACCCGUCGUCUAGCUCGUCGAGCACCUUGUACUCGAUGCAAACCUCGACCAUGAUCAUGACCAAGACCGUCACCCUCGUCAGGGCCCAUACGGUGACGGCCUCGCUGAACUCGACGACCGCCGGCUUCGCCACAGGCACCAUCGGCUCGACGGCGUACCACUCCUUCAAGACCGAGUCCCCGAUCCUCGCGCCGUCCACCGUCCCCUCCAAGGGCCCCACGAGCGCCGCCGUCGCCCUCGACGCGAGCAAGAUGGCCCUCGCCGCCGUCGCCGGCAUCGUCGCCGUCGCCGCCGUCAUACCGAGCCUUUCACUUGCCCACGCUCAUCUACCGUUGCGACAGCUUCGGCCCUGGACGCCGCCGAAAGCGACGCUCGCCUCGGCGGAUGAGCGUAUCGACCAUCUACAUCUCCACAAGUCACCUUUGACGGCCGAACUCGAGCCCACCUUGGGCCGCCAUCGCCGCGGCCAUGCGGACGCGAGCCUCUUCGGUCCUUCCACCGGCGGGCACGGCACCUCGCGCGCGUCGACUGCGCUGCACCGGGAGCCGGGACCUCGCUCCUCUUUUCUCUUGCACAUGAUUCUUCUCACUUGGACGCGCCGUCCGGACGCUUCACGACCAGCCAUGCGUGCCCGCUCUUGGACGUGGUUGCAUCCGGCCACCGAUGCUCACACCUACGGCACGGGCCACACGUCCAAGGCGGCACGCAUCGCCGGCUCUGUCGAGACGCACUCGAUGUCAAGCCUCCGGGAGCUGUCUGGGCGGCGCGCAGUCUGGUGCCUCUUGCUCAUCCUGACGAACAACCGCGUGCUAAGACUCGCCAUGGGAGCGGUGCGAAGUGGGAGAAGCAACCACGGCGGGCCACCCUGA